CAGACGGGGCGCUACCGGCGGGGCGGGGAGGGAAGGGGAGGGGAGAGGAGAGGCGCGGAGCGGCAGCGGCGGCAAAGAGGGCUCUGAAGAGAUCACAUUCUAGUUAAAGAUGGCUGCUGAUACCUCUGUUGAAAUACUUCAAAAAGUUCUGGAGAAUGAAAUACUUCAGACUGCCAAGGUUGUGGAAGAGCAUCUGGAUGCUGAAAUGCAGAAGCUGGACCAAAUGGAUGAAGAUGAAUUGGAAUGCCUUAAACAAAGAAGACUUGAGGCACUAAAAAAGGCCCAGCAGCAGAAACAGGAGUGGCUUUCAAAAGGACAUGGAGAAUACAGAGAAGUCCCAAGUGAAAGAGACUUUUUCCAAGAAGUCAAAGAGAGUAAAAAUGUGGUUUGCCAUUUUUAUAGAGAUACAACAUUCAGGUGCCAAAUAAUGGACAAACAUUUAGCUGUGUUGGCAAAAAAGCAUGUUGAGACAAAGUUCUUGAAACUAAAUGCUGAAAAAGCUCCUUUCUUAUGUGAGAGACUGCGCAUCAAAGUAAUUCCCACACUAGCACUACUAAAAGAUGGAAAAACACAAGACUAUGUUGUGGGCUUUACUGACCUCGGUAACACUGAUGACUUCACUACAGAGACUUUAGAAUGGAGAUUAGGCUGUGCAGAUGUAAUUAAUUAUAGUGGAAAUUUGAUGGACCCACCUUUUCAAAGUCAAAAGAAAUUUGGAACCACCUUUACGAAGCUGGAUAAGAAAACUAUCAGAGGGAAGAAAUACGACUCAGAUUCUGAUGAUGACUAGAGGAAUAGAUAAAUGCAUUUGUAAAUCAUCUUUUGUUUAUGCUUGGUACAUUUCUAAGAAUGUUUUUUAUAAAUCUUACUGCUUUUCAUUACAUCUGCAUAUAACACUCAUUUUUCUAUACAGUUUUAUACAACUGAGUCAAAGCAGAAAAAAGUUAGGGUUCAGUUUGUUUUUUUCUUUCUUUUAGAAGUUAUUUUUAAUUCAAAAAUCUGAGCCUGUCUAACUAAAUAACAUAGCAGACGAUGAACUUUGUGUUAAGUGUAAGGUUAUGAGGUGUUUUGAAAUAACUGUUAGAAACAAUUGUACCAAGUCAGACCAAAGGUCCCUCUGGCCCAGCAUCCAGUCACAAUGGCUAAAAGCAGAUGCACAAGGAAGAGUGAAAACAGACUGAGCAUAUAACAGUGCUUUCUGAGAAUACACUGUAAGAAAAAAAGUGACUCAGGGAACUCUGUAUAUGAGAGCAUUUGCUGGUUAAAAAAAAAAUCUCUAAAUCCCACAGUAUUGUAGCAUUCACAUCAUUUGGCAAGGAGUUCACAGUUUAACUAUGUUGUGUGAAGAACUAUAUUGUUUUCCUUGAAUCUGAUAGUUCUAGGGUUUUUUUAUAGUUUAUUAAAGGAGAUGAUAGACACUUGUGAAAGAUUUUUCCUUAUAAUUUCCUCUUCCAGUUGUCUUUUAAAAUAUAUUAUUCCUUAUAUUAUCGGUAAAGCACCACAAAAUUACUAUAAAAGGAAUUGUGCAUUUUGAAAAAUGAUUGCUUAUGUUAUGGUGCCAUAUCAUGAUACUUAAUAACUACAUUGCACUAUAAGUUGUAAAAAAGUUGUAACUUCUGUGAAUUCUGCAAUAGAUGGUCAAGAAAAAUGCCCUUUUACCAUCUCUGUAUGCUGCAUGUUAAAGCUGAUACAGUGGGUAAUAGCACACAGCAACAAGGGUAUUGAAAACGGCCUUGUUCUUGGGUGUUUAUGGUUCUGUCGUUUUGAAUGUGUGGUUUUUAUAGCAGGUGGUUUGUACAAGAGAGUAGAAUAGACACAUAUUUGGGAGAAACCUUGAUCCAUUAAGUUUAGAUAUAGCACUGUGUACUGUUCUUCAAUAAUGAACACAAUUUUCAAGGGAGAUCUUCCUUGGAUCUCAAUGUAAAAUUUCUGGCUAGGUGAGGAGUUGAUGAAGUACCUUUUCAUUUAAAAAAGAAAAAAAAAAAGUUUGGUGUGUGCUGAAGGACUCUUUUGAGGUGGUACUUUGAAUCCAGAUUCAGCUGGUCCAAAAAGCAGUGAAGUGGAUCAAGUCAGUCUUGCUGCUUUUUAAUGGAGAACACUUCUGGGCCAGCCCAGCAAUACAUCUCUAAGUUCUAAAAUAUAUAUUUUCUUUCUGUUCAUGUACAUUGAAAUAAAAUUAUUUUCAUUCUAA